CGACGCUCCAGUGUGCGUGUCCGUGUUACAGCUUGCACAAGUUCAAGCUUCGGGUUAUCGUUUCGCGAAACUUUUCCGAUUGCAAAAACUUUAAUAAUUGAGUGAAAGUGAUUCGAAUGUGGUGAAGUGUCACGAUGAAUUAUUAAGUGGAAUUAUUGGAGUGGCCGUUAGGAUUCAAGUGAAGUACUCUCAAGAUCAUGAGUUUAAGGAGACUCCUGGAGGAAAUUGCGCUUCGAACUUAACCAACUCUUAAGAUGUUAUCACUCCUUUUAGUGACCUUGGCGAUCGCUUCCUUGGCGACGAAUCUCGAUAUGAAAGCAAACUUUGUUAAUUACACAAUACCGGAAACAGAAAAGAUAAUAGGCUUGAGUGGUGUCACAUCUAUUCAAGGCGAAACCAACCUUGGAAGCAAAUCAAUCGAAAGAGAUAAAGGAGACUCAGAAUGUGGAGGUCAGCAGCUUUGCGAUAGUAAUCUAUUAAAUAUAUCAAGCGUUGCCAACACGUCCGAAAAAUUAUUUAUCGAAACGCAAAUUCCACCAAACUAUCACAGAAAGUUCAAUUUUUCUGAAAAGACCGGAGAUAAUUUGGUUACGUCAUCUGGUAAUUUGGUAAAAGAGAACAGUAAAAAAAUUAACUUGGAUGAAGGAAAAGUGGGCGAGAGAUCAACCGAAGAACCUCCUCAAACAAAUCAACAUAAAUCCUUUUAUUCGGACGAUUUUUCGGAACGAAAAGCUCCAGCUGAAAGGAAUACGAUCGUUUCAGGAAAAAAUCAACGACAAAGCCGGACGACAAAACUUUUAUCGCAAAAUCAAUCAAUUACUACUGAAGGGUCCACAGUUGAUACGAUAAAAGCAUCUUCUCAGGCGCUUAGCACAACGACUCACAAAUACACUACUUCACCUCUGCGGUCUGACGACCCUUUUGAAAGCAUUGUACUUUCACGGAAAAAUCCAAGCAAUACUACAAGCGACUUUUCCGACAGUUCUUUACGACCAACGUGGGACACAGUUCCACCACCCAAACCGGUUGCUGUCUCUAAUUCACUCGGAAAAACUCGGAAUUUCAUCAAAGUUUCGACAAUUACUUCGCAUUCAACGGAAAGUGUUACUCAAGCUACAAUAAAAGAAGCGAAAACCUUCGGUGUGUUAAAAUACGCCAACGGAUCUCGUCGUAACUCCAUGACAGACUUGAAACAGCAUUUUUUAAGCACCGAAGCCAAUCUCGUUGAUCUCAUAACCGGCGAGAUAAAAUCAGUGUUCGAUAAUUUAACUUCAAGUGAUAGUGUUAGUAAAGUGAUCCAACAGGAAAUUCCGUGGCCUGUGAAGAAGGAGGCGGUUGUUGAGGGUGAUUUGGUGUUGGGUGGGUUAAUGAUGGUGCAUGAGAGGGAGGACACCAUCACGUGCGGACCCGUGAUGCCACAGGGUGGUAUACAAGCCCUGGAAGCGAUGCUUUACACCCUUGAUAGGUUGAAUUUUGGAUCCGAGGCGAUUCUGCCUAAUAUUACGUUGGGAGCGCAUAUUUUGGAUGACUGCGAUAAAGACACGUAUGGCUUGGAAAUGGCUGUGGACUUUAUAAAAGGUUCGAUCAGUAACAUCGAUGGGGCGGAGUAUCAUUGCAACAAAACCCAAGUUCGAAAGGUGAUAUCAGGAGUUGUUGGGGCGGCUUCCAGUGUGACAUCUAUACAAGUAGCAAAUCUCCUAAGACUUUUUAAAAUACCCCAGGUGUCCUUUUUCUCAACAAGUCCAGAACUUAGUAACAAGCAAAGAUUCGAGUUUUUUACUCGAACUAUUCCAUCUGACCAUUACCAAGUGAAGGCAAUGGUCAAUAUUGUUAUCUUGAUGGGAUGGAGCUACAUAUCUAUAAUUUACGAAGAAUCUAAUUACGGAAUUAAGGCAUUCGAAGAGCUGGAAGACCUCUUAGCCGAACACAAUAUAUGCAUAGCUGUAAAGGAAAAGCUUGUUAAAGAUUCAGGAGUGGCGGAUGAGUCGGCAUACGACAACAUCGUGCAAAAACUUUUAACGAAGCCAAGAGCUAGAGGAUGUAUUAUUUUCGGUUCUGACCAAGAAGUGGCUGGUGUAAUGCGUGCCGUCCGUCGUAGUAACGCAACUGGGAGCUUUUCCUGGAUAGGAUCAGAUGGAUGGAGCGCUCGUUCAUUGGUCUCCGAUGGUAACGAAGCCGAAGUGGAAGGCACUUUAUCUGUGCAGCCACAAGCAAAUCCCGUGCGUGGAUUCGAAGAAUAUUUCUUAUCUUUAAACGUUGAGAAUAAUUCAAGAAAUCCUUGGUUCGUAGAAUUCUGGGAGCACCACUUCCAGUGCCGCUACCCCAACAGCUCAAAAACCCCCUAUAAUCAAAAACACAGCCACCUCUGUACAGGAAAAGAAAAACUAACUCGUCAAAACACAGUCUUUGAAGACCAAUUACAGUUCGUAUCAGACGCUGUAAUGGCAUUUGCCUACGCAAUACGGGAUAUGCACAGAGAUCUCUGCCAUGGAAGACCGGGGCUCUGUGAUGCCAUGAAACCAACAAAGGGAACAGAACUCUUGAAGUAUCUCAGAAAAGUUGAUUUUGAAGGUUUGAGCGGUGACAGGUUCCAUUUUGACAGCAAUGGAGAUGGUCCCGCACGCUACAACAUCAUCCACUUCAAGCAAGUAUCCAAAGGGAAAUAUCAGUGGGUGAGAGUUGGGGAAUAUGUUGAAGGAGAACUAAGACUGAACAUGUCAGAGAUACAAUUCAAACUUGGUCAUCCCAAACCUCCAGAGUCCGUGUGUAGUUUUCCAUGUGAUUUGGGUCAAGCUAAGAAAUACGUCGAGGGUGAAAGCUGCUGUUGGCACUGUUUCAAUUGCACACAAUAUCAGAUUCUUCACCCAAAAGAUCCAACUCAGUGCAUCGCAUGUCCCCAAGGAACGGUCCCUGAUCCACAUCAUGUCCGUUGCGAGGAUAUUCCUGAAGAGUAUCUGCGACCAGACAGCGGUUGGGCAAUCGGUGCAAUGGCAUUCAGUUCCACAGGAAUUCUUAUUACUAUGUUCGUUUGUGGGGUUUUUAUCCGACACAAUGAUACUCCAGUUGUGAGAGCAUCAGGAAGGGAAUUAAGCUACGUUUUAUUGGCAGGAAUUCUUAUGUGCUACAGUGUAACUUAUGCUUUAGUUUUACGACCAAACGACGUUGUCUGUGGAAUUCAGAGAUUUGGUGCUGGCUUUUGUUUUACUGUAGUUUAUGCUGCACUUUUGACAAAAACCAACCGCAUUUCUCGUAUUUUCAAUGCCGGAAAGCACUCGGCAAAAAGGCCAAGCUUUAUUUCACCCAGAUCCCAACUGAUCAUCUGUUCCGGACUGGUUGGAGUCCAGGUUCUCAUAAAUGGAGUGUGGAUGGUGAUUUCGCCGGCUAAAGCCAUACAUCACUACCCUACGAGAGAGGAUAACCUUUUGGUGUGCUCCUCUUACAUUGACGCCUCGUAUAUGAUUGCGUUCACUUACCCGAUCUUCCUCAUCGUCAUCUGCACCGUUUAUGCAGUGCUGACGAGAAAAAUUCCAGAAGCGUUCAACGAGUCCAAACACAUAGGUUUUACAAUGUAUACAACUUGUGUCAUCUGGCUGGCUUUCGUACCUCUGUACUUUGGAACAGCCAAUCACGUAGCUCUUAGAAUAACAAGCAUGUCGGUUACUAUAAGCUUGUCUGCAAGUGUUACUGUGGCUUGUUUAUUUUCACCAAAGCUUUAUAUUAUUUUGAUAAGACCAGAACGUAACGUCCGCCAAAGUAUGAUGCCAAUGCGUUACAGUGCUAUCAAUAAAAGUUCAGCUACAACUGGUUCUGGUAGUAUGAUGGCUGCAGUCAUGGUAACGGCAGCUACUUGUGAUCAAAAGCAACAAAUCCAAAAACAUGUACCUCCAGUAGAACAAGAUGAAGAUUUAAGUGAGUCGAAAGCGAAGCCCGAAACAAAAGAUACCAGCACACAGACAUCGCCUGCUAUAAGCAACAAUAUGCUCAACAGCUCUCAAGAGCACCUUCCGAAAAUUAACAACAACUGUAACGUCGGAAACGGCCCAAUAGGAAUUCUUCCUUGCGUACAAACUAAAGAUUUUCCUUUAUAGCAACAGCAAGCAGUCCUAAGGACGUCUAGUCUUAAAUGUCGGAGAAAUCCCGUUCAAGUCUAAUAAAAUAUGUACUACUCAUAUACUUAAAGAUUUAUACGAUAUACUACUAAUUUUAUACGAAACCUGUACUUGCGUAAAUUGUAUGUAUUAAGUAUUUAUUAACGGUAAAUGUUUGACAUUGAUUCUGGUAGCUGACUGGUGUAAGCCAAGCUUUAACUUAAUGAUACAAUUAAAUAAUUGUUGAUUAUUUAGAGUGUUAAUACAGGGUAACCCGGAUAUUAUUAUUAUUACUGUAGUGUGUAAUUCUAUACUGUAUAAAGUCUUCAGGUGGGCAAGACCACGUUGUAUUUUUAUCGGUGCUGUGAAUAAGAGAUUUGUACAAUUUCUUGAAUUAAUAUUAAGUGUCUGCGACUGUGCUCACGACACUCACUUCACUUAAUAUUAAUCUAAUGUACUAUAUUUAAUGUAAUGAUAUUACUGAACGCUUCUUACUGUAAGGACGUUUACUGAACGCGUUUAUAAUUAAAUCGCACAAAAUUAGAUUAAUCCGUUCAGUUUUUUAAACUUAAAUAUAAAUAAUUUGGUGUGUCAACAGUCGCCAUUACUGAGCCCAGUGUCGCCUGCUGUUACACUUAAUUUUCUACUAUUUAACUAAUAAAAACCUGUCAUGAUAAUAAUUACAUCUAAUAGUAAUUAUUGUCAUGUGUUGUACUUUUUUCGCAAAGUGCAAUAUUCGUUGUUUAAUGAAAUAAAGAAUUGCAAACAUGACGUACCUGUAAGCAUGUUUAAUGUUUUCAAAUAUAAUGUACCAUGUAUCGACCAUGGAGUUAUACUCGUAAUAAUGUGUAACAGAGUGUACCUACAGUUAUGUUUUUAAAUGUAUAAUAUAAUAUUGAAUAAAUUGUUCGGGAACAAA